AUGUCCUGCUACACCCCGUGCCGGCCCUGCCAGCCCUGUGGCCCCACCCCACUGGCCAACAGCUGCAAUGAGCCCUGUGUCAGGCAGUGCCAGGACUCCCACGUGGCCAUCCAGCCCUCCCCUGUGGUGGUGACCCUGCCCGGGCCCAUCCUCAGCUCCUUCCCACAGAACACUGUGGUGGGAUCCUCCACCUCUGCUGCUGUUGGGAACAUCCUCAGCUGUGAUGGAGUGCCCAUCAACUCUGGGGGCUUUGACCUCUCCUGCAUCACCAACCGCUACAGUGGCAGCAGAUGUCGUCCAUGCUAAAGCCACUGGUGCAGCCCUCACAAGGACCCCCAGGAACCCAGAAGCUGAUGCUGGACUGAGGACAGAGCUUCUGGCCAUCAAAUUCAGAGGUGCUGAGCAACCAAUGCUGCCUUUCUGAAGGAGGGUCGGUAGGGCUCUCUGAAACCAUGGCCAGUUUUUGCUUUCUCUGCCUUACUCUCUCUUCCCUCUCUCUUGUCUUCCAUAUUUCUGGACUGUAAGACUUUCAGAACCUCUCUGGGGGAUCUGCUAACCCCUGCCCACCCACUGUAGGGCAGGCAGAUGGAUGCCCCGUUGGCUCUCCAGUGUCUGUGCCAAA